AUGUCGAAAAACACGUUGUUCAAUUACUUUACCAGGUCACCCAGCUCCGGGGCGCCCAAAACCAUCGGAUCUCCCAAGCCCGAUGGUGUCGUGGCGUCGAAGACCCCAUCAAAACCGUCCAAUUCUAAUAAGGAUAGCUCUGUCACUCCUAAGAGGACACCGAAGUCUGCAGUGAAUGGAAGUUCAGGAAAAAAAACCAUCAUCAGCAACGGCGGUAGUACAAAGAAAAAUACUGAGAAAAGAAAAACUAGACCGCUUGAUGAAUCUAUAGAAGAAAAUGAAGAAAAUGAAGAGUUGCCUAGGAAAAAACGUCGCAGGCUUGCAUUAGAAGAUUUAAGCGGUGAUGAAGAAGAUUCAGGCGAUGAAUAUGUGCCAGAUAAGAAAGCUUUAAAAGAAUCUGAAUCCGAAGAAAGUCCAGAACCAUCUGACAGUGAUUCAUUUAUUGAUGAUGGAUCUGAUGAAGAAGUAUCCCCUGUUAAAAUGAAAAGUGGGAAAAAUACAAAAUCUGUUGGAAAAUCUAAAUUUAAUAAAUUUAAUAAAUCGUAUACUCCUGCUGUGGACAAAUCUACCAAAGAAACAACCAAAAUUAAUGGAGUUGAUCACGACAAUUGGCCUCAUUUAAAACUUGAAUUUUUGAAACCAGAAAAAAUCAAAGAUGCUAAUAAGAAAUCACCAUCUGAUCCCAACUAUAAUCCUCGAACAUUAUAUGUACCAGAAGAUUUUAAACUGACAUUAACUCCGGGAGUUCGUCAGUGGUGGGAGUUAAAAGCAAAACAUUUCGAUUGUAUAUUAUUUUUUAAAGUUGGAAAAUUUUAUGAGAUGUAUCAUAUGGACGCUGUUACAACUGCUAAAGAACUUAAUCUUUUAUACAUGAAGGGAGACUUUGCUCAUGUGGGAUUUCCAGAAACUGCCUAUGGUCGUUUCUCUGCAAUUCUAAUAGAAAAAGGUUAUACUGUAGCUCGUAUUGAACAGACCGAAACACCAGAUAUGAUGACUGAAAGAUGUAAAAGUUUAAAAAAGAGUACUAAAUUUGAUAAAGUAGUGCGGCGUGAAAUAUGUCGUAUUACAACCAAAGGCACUAGGACUUUUGGUAUUAUUGAUGGUGAAACAAAUGAUGCUGAAAAUUCAUUUUUGAUAGCUAUAUCUGAAAAAGAAAUUAGUAGUUCAACUUCGUUAUAUGGUGUGUGCUUCAUUGAUACAUCUAUUGGUCUCUUCCAUCUUGGGCAAUUUGAAGAUGACUGUCAUUGCUCACGCUUAAGAACCUUGUGUGCUCAUUACCCACCAGUACAAGUUUUAUUUGAACGUAAUAAAUUGACAGUACGUACUAAAAAGGUCAUUGAUACUAUGCUCUCUAGUGCUGUUAAAGAUGCACUCACCCCUGACAUAGAAUUUUGGCCAUCAUCAAAAACUUUGAUUACUUUAGCAGAAGGAGAUUACUUUAAAAACGACAAUAAUGUAGUAUAUCCAGAAAAAUUAAAAACAUUUUUGGGCAGUGACUCUGACUUACAAUUGAAUGCUAAUGACGAAUGUGAGUUUGGUAUUCGAAGUUUGGGUGCUGUUAUAUGGUAUUUACAGCGAUGUAAAAUGGACUUCCAACUUUUGUCUAGAGGAAGAUUUGAUAUUUAUAAACCAGUUGACGUUGAAUCUGUUGAGUUAACCAAUCAAGAUCAUAUAAACAGUAAACAUUUGAUACUUGAUGCUAUAACACUUAAAAACCUGCAUAUAUUAGAAAACUCUGCGGGUUCAAAUGCAGGAACGUUACUUAACAAGUUAAAUCAUUGCUCUACACCAUUUGGCAAAAGAUUACUACACCAGUGGUUGUGUAACCCAUUGACAACAAUAUCCAGCAUUAAAGCUAGACAAAAUGCAAUUUCGUCUUUAAUUGUUAUUCCCGAUUUAAUGCAAGAAAUACGAUCAGAACUAGCCAGUUUACCUGAUUUAGAACGUCUGUUUUCUCGGAUCUACUCUCAGAGUAGUAAUGGAGUUGAAUCAGACCAUCCAGAAACUAGAGCAGUAUACUUUGAAGAGAAGACUUAUUCAAAAAGAAAAAUAAUUGAUUUCAUAUCGAUAUUAAAAGGUUUCAGAACAAGUGUUAAUAUAAUGGAAAAAUUUCAAAAGGCUGAUAUCAUAAAAGAGAGUUCAGAAUCCAAUUUAUUGUCUGCUAUUUGUAAUUACCCUAACAGCUCUGCCCCUGGAGUAUUUCCUCAUUUGACUGAACUUCUUGAUAAUUUUGAGAAUUCUUUUGAUCAUGACGAAGCUAUGAAACAUGGUCGUAUCUUUCCCGAGCCGGGGAUGGACGAUCAGUAUGACACUGUUUUGGAAAAAAUAAAAGAAGUUGAUGUUGAGUUAAAAUUGUAUUUAAAAGAACAAUGCAAACACUUUGGGUGUACUGUCAAUUAUUUUGGAUCUGAUAAAAAACGAUAUCAGUUAGAAGUACCUGACGCUGCAUCAAAGAGAGCUGGAGAUGGAUAUGAACUUCAAAACCAAAGAAAAGGAUACAAAAGAUUCACUACAAGUCGUACAAAAGAACUUUUGGAAAAAAUGAUGAGUUAUGAACAAGAAAAAAUAGAUGUAUUGAAAGAUCUCAGGGAAAGAGUGUUUUCGCGGUUUUGUGACAAGUUUGAAGAAUGGAACAAUGCCAUCCAAUGUUUGGCUACCCUGGAUGUAUUCAUGUCAUUAGCAGAAUACUGCCGGUGUGAAGAAGAAGUUAUGUGUAUUCCUACAUUCAUUCCAGCUAUUGUUGGUAAAAAGCCAUUAGUUGAACUCGUCGAGGGGCGUUAUCCAUGCGGUUCUGGUGGCGAGAGUUUCAUUCCAAACGAUACAAUCAUCGGAAAGGAAGAAGAUGGAACGUGGAAUUCAAGUUUGAUAUUAGUAACGGGCCCUAACAUGGGAGGCAAGUCUACAUUGAUGAGACAGCUUGGCAUCAUCUCUGUCAUGGCACAUAUGGGAUGUCGUGUACCUGCAAAAAGCCUUCUUCUCAAUCCAGUUGAUAGGAUAUUCACGAGGAUUGGCGCCAACGACAAUAUAAUUGCAGGAGAGUCAACAUUCUUUGUUGAAUUGUGUGAGACAUCAGCUAUACUUCAUCAUGCCAGUCGGUUUUCAUUAGUCUUAGUUGAUGAACUGGGCAGAGGAACUUCAACAUAUGAUGGAACAGCAAUCGCUUCAGCUGUCGUUACAGAACUAGUACAAAAACAAUGCCGUACACUAUUCUCUACCCAUUACCACUCGUUGGUUGAAGAUUUCAAGACGAAUCCAUUAGUUGCACUUGGUCACAUGGCAUGCAUGGUAGAAGACGACGAAACAAACGAAAUGGAUACUGAGCAAACUCAAGAAACAAUUACUUUCUUGUAUAAGUUUGCAAACGGAGCUUGUCCUAAAUCGUAUGGUUUUAACGCUGCUCGAUUGGCAGGCAUGCCUGCUGACAUCAUAAAAAUUGGUUUACGUAGAUCUAAAGAAUUUGAAACUGCUGCUAAGCGGCGAAUACUAUUCAAAACAUUGUUUUCGUCCAAUGAUAAAUCUGUUGUGAAGACUGCUAUUUUAGCACUAUAA